ACUAGUGGCUGUGGACUGCCCAGCUCGGAGCAGCCCCUCUUUGACCGCCAUUGUCCGUAGACCUUGUGCGGUGGAGAAGCAGCCCCAUGAAGGUGCCCAGCCAUGCAAUGUUCCUGGAAGGCGGUCCUCCUGCUUGCCCUGGCCUCCAUCGCCAUCCAGUACACGGCCAUCCGCACCUUCACCGCCAAGUCCUUCCACACCUGUCCAGGGCUGUCGGAGGCGGGGCUGGCGGAGCGCCUGUGCGAGGAGGGCCCCACCUUCGCCUAUAACCUCUCCCGCAAGACCCACAUCCUCAUCUUGGCCACCACGCGCAGCGGCUCCUCCUUCGUGGGCCAGCUCUUCAACCAGCACCUGGACGUCUUCUACCUGUUCGAGCCCCUCUACCACGUCCAGAACACGCUGAUCCCCCGCUUCACCCAAGGCAGGAGCCCCGUCGACCGGCGGGUCAUGCUGGGCGCCAGCCGCGACCUCCUGAGGAGCCUCUACGACUGUGACCUCUACUACCUGGAGAACUACAUUAAGCCGCCGCCCGUCAACCACACCACCGACAGGAUCUUCCGCCGCGGGGCCAGCAGGGUGCUCUGCUCGCGGCCGGUGUGUGACCCUCCGGGGCCCGCUGACCUGGUCCUGGAAGAGGGGGACUGCGUGCACAAGUGCGGCCUGCUGAACCUGACGGUGGCGGCCGAGGCUUGUCGCGAGCGCAGCCACGUGGCCAUCAAGACGGUGCGGGUGCCCGGGGUUAAUGACUUGCGGGCUCUCGUUGAAGACCCCCGGUUAAACCUCAAGGUCAUCCAGCUGGUCCGAGACCCUCGGGGCAUUCUGGCUUCACGGAGCGAGACCUUCCGCGACACGUACCGGCUGUGGCGGCUGUGGUACGGCACCGGGAGGAAACCCUACAACCUGGACGUGACGCAGCUGACCACGGUGUGCGAGGACUUCGCCCAGUCGGUGUCCACCGGCCUCCUGCGGCCCCCGUGGCUCAAGGGCAAGUACAUGUUGGUGCGCUACGAGGACCUGGCCAGGAACCCCAUGAAGAAGACCGAGGAGAUCUACGGGUUCCUGGGUAUCCCCUUGGACGGCCACGUGGCCCGCUGGAUCCAGAACAACACGCAGGGCGACCCCGCCUUGGGCAAGCACAAGUACGGCACCGUGCGCAACUCGGCCGCCACCGCCGAGAAGUGGCGCUUCCGUCUCUCCUACGACAUUGUGGCCUUUGCCCAGAACGCCUGUCAGCAGGUGCUGGCCCAGCUGGGCUACAAGAUGGCCGGCUCGGCGGAGGAGCUGAGGAACCCCUCAGUGAGCCUGGUGGAGGAGCGGGACUUCGGCCCUUUCUCGUGACGCGGGCGCCGUGGGCGGGGGUGGGAGGCACCCGUGUCGGUUUUGAUAAAAUGGACCGUUUUUAACUGUUGCCUUAUUUCCUCCUCCCUCUCCCACUCUGUCUUCGUGUCCUUCCUGCCCCCUGCCCACCCCACUCCCUUCUGCCCUUUUUGUCUCUGAAAUUUGCACUAUGUCUGGGACGGGAAUCACUGGGGCAGAGGGCGCCUGAAGUGGGGUACGCCCCCACCCCACCCCAGUCAGACACACGGAUGUUGGGUCUCUCUCUACGUGGACAGUGACAAUGUUUACAAGCACCACACUCACACAUUCACACACGCACACGGGCACCCACCGGGAGAGGCACCCCAGCCACACAACUUGUCGAGCUUUUGGAAAGGACGAAUGGUGGGGGACUGUCGUUUUUGCACUGUCUUAUUUCUACAAGCUAAGAGGAUAAGAGCGAAAGGACCACCUCUCCCUAAUUUAUGAAUGAUGUCUAUCCCUUCUCCAGCCCUGCUUCCUGCCUCUGACACCCAUUUUUCCCCUUAGAGCAGAGAAACUGCCCCCUCCUGCCCGCCCUUGCCUGUGGUGAGCAGGUUUUUACUGUGAGGUGAACGUGGACCGUGUUUAUUUUUCCUAGUCUGUGGCGAUGCUGUCUGUCUGUCUGAGUCUUGUGGCUGCCCCUGGACCAGUGAUGACUGAUGAAUCUUAUGAGU